UCCGUAGUUUUACAGUUUUACCGCUAGGUGUCUCGCUCAAUGGAUAAGUAAUAUUGGAUGUAGAAAAUGUAUUAGUUUUAUAAUAUAGAUCUAUUCUAAUUUACUUUUUAUCAGAUAUCCUCUGACAUAAUUACUUCACGAUGUUAGUGUUGGUACUUGGUGAUCUUCAUAUUCCUCAUCGCUGUAACAGUGUACCAUCAAGAUUUAAAAAACUUUUAGUACCAGGAAAAAUACAACAUAUAUUAUGUACUGGCAAUUUAUGUACCAAGGAAUCAUUUGAUUACCUGAAAACCUUAGCUAGUGAUGUUCAUGUUGUUAGAGGAGAUUUUGAUGAGAAUAUGAAUUAUCCAGAACAGAAAGUAGUAACAGUUGGACAAUUUAGAAUUGGUUUGUGUCAUGGUCAUCAAGUUGUUCCCUGGGGUGAUAAUGAAAGUUUAGCAAUGGUACAAAGACAACUUGAUGUGGACAUUUUAAUAUCUGGUCACACUCAUAAAUUUGAAGCAUUUGAACAUGAAGGGAGAUUUUAUAUAAAUCCUGGCUCAGCUACCGGAGCUUAUAAUGCUUUAGAUAGUAAUGUUGUACCAUCAUUUGUCAUCUUGGAUAUCCAGCAGUCAACUGUUGUUGCAUAUGUUUAUAAAUUAUUAAAUGAUGAUGUAAAAGUUGAAAGAAUAGAAUACAGAAAAUCUUAAAAUCUUUGUGUCUGUAUAUACUGUAUUAUAAGGGGUGCCAGGACUUCAUAUUAGACAAUUGUAUCUACAUUGACAAAUAUGAAACAGUAUAUAAUAAGGAAAAAUUGGCAAAGCUCUUUAAGUUCCUAAUUUCUCGAUUAAUUAAUUUUCCUAACACUGAACACAGGUAGACAUGAGUUUCCAGUCAUAUUAAAGUUUACCAGUAUCUGUUUAUUGUUCUGAAGAACAGAAUAUCACCUGGCUAAUGUUUUUGGUGCCCCUAAAAUGUUCAUCAGAAUUAUUUUGUUGAAUAAUGUCAUAUUUUAAAUGAAUAAUUAGUUCUUGUUUUAUCUUUGUAAUACACUUAAUGUGAGCUAUUAUUAUUAUUAUUAUUAUUGUGAAGCUUAGAAAUCAAAUAUACACUUUUCAAAAGAAGAAACGCAUAGUGACAUUUUGUCGUCGGUAUACCCUGGCUCUACCAUUGCCUCGUUGUAAUAGGAACGGCGACAUGUACAAAACAUGUACAACUGAUUUUGAAACCAAGAAACCCUUAGAUUUGGGUUUCAUGUGAAAAGCUUGCUAAGUUAAACUCAUGUGUCUUGGUGCAAUCAAACGAAAACAAAUUUCGGCAACAAGUAUGACCAGUCACAAUUAGUGCCCCUACAUUUAAAAACCAAUAAUGAAUUUCUUUUAUCAUUACACAUUAAAAACAACAAUCCCAUUCAAAAUUCAAAUAAAAAGUUACGAAAAAUGGGCUGUGCGUUUCUUUUUUUGAAGAGUAUAUUUACCGCACACCUCAUUAUGCGACCAGAGUAUAAAUACUUUAUGUGAAAGACAAUAUUGGAGAACUGUACAAUAUAACAUAUGAUGAUCCAAGAACACAGAAUAGACUGGAAUAUUAGAUGUCCCUUUCAACCAAAGCUGAAACCCCGCAAAAGCGCAAAAGUAUCUUUCAAAACAAAAGUAGCUAUGUUCCACAAUGUUGAAAUAUGUUACCUUUAAGGGUAUUCUAAUACUUUCCAAGGAUAUGUACUAAUGUCUUUUAUAUAUUUAUACAUUACCAAAUCUUGAAACCAUCAUUGUACAUUUUGCAGGAGCAGACUGAAAGGAUAUUGUAGGUGCUUGUAUAUAUUAGCAUACAGUUUAAAGUCCUGGGCACACCAAGGAAUAUUUGUUGAAUAUAAAAGACUUUAUAAAAAAAAAAGUUUUAAAAAGACCCAAUAUUUGUAAAGGAUAAUCUGAGGUGCUGUAUAAUUUGCUGCAAAGCCAAUGAUGAUUCCUUGGAAAUGAUAGAUAAUGCUUGACAACUAAUCCUAGUUGUGUGCAGGCCUUCGUUGAUACUAUGAGAGUAUCUUUGGGCAUAUCUGAUAUGUCAGUCUGAUUAAAACACAGAUCCUAUUUCGUUUCUUUUUUUUAUAGUUCAAAAUUUUGUUUUAUUAGGCCAUCGAAAGUAUAAAAAACGAAACGAAAUAUAAAUCUGUAUUUUAUUCAGAUUGAUGAUACCUGGGUGCAUAUUGGUAUAUCCUUAUUCCAUUUUAUUAAUGAAUAAAUAUGUAUAUACACGGUC